UAAUUUUUUGAGGUUAUCCGUCUAUUCUUUUGCUAUCAUAUUUAUCUUUUUUAGUUUACUUGAAAAAAUAGCCGCAAGAUAAGGAAGAAAAAUGCCCAAUUUUGUGAAAUUUGGCGUAAGAACAUGUCUAUCUCUACCAUGGCGCAGUCUACCUGUGGUGUCUACAAUCCCCAGAACCCAAAUUGCUAGGCGCUUCUCCUCGAAGAAUGCGAAAAACGAUACGGUAAAAGUAAAGAAAGAUCAUGGAAAGGGAAAUAACAAGGUGUCGGGCAAAUUCAUUUUCCCCCUAACAGGCAAACCCGAAGUCCCUACGCCUCCCUGCGCACCUACUACUGUGCCGGGAGGAUCUGAAAAUCAAGAAAAGAAAUCCCUUGCUGAUAGAACGAAAAUUCUUCAGGUUGACCCAUCGACUGCAGGUCGGUCGAUUUCACAAAGUACUCAGGUAUACAGAAAGGAGGAAUCUCCGCGCAGUACUCAGGAACAAGUGGGCAAUGAAAAACCUCCUCAGGAGCCAAAGGAUAACAGCAAUAGGCUCUAUUGGUUACUACUGGCAGUGAUUCUCUUGGCCGGAGGUGCUGCUGUUCUGCAAAAUUACAACUUUUUCGACUCAAAAUCUCCCACAAUUGUGGUGGAUGAUGAUGAGAAGAAGAAAAAGUACCGAACUCCCACGACGUCAAUGGAAAUUCCCAAAGAAGUUCCAUAUCUGCUAAUUGGAGGUGGAACGGCGAGUUUUGCUGCAUUUCGUGCCAUAAAAUCACACGAUCCAAAGGCAAAGGUCAUGCUGAUAACAGAUGAACUUGAAAUGCCCUACAUGCGACCACCACUAUCCAAGGAAAUUUGGCAAAAUACCGACACUUCCGGGAAAUUAUCCUUUAAGCAAUGGAAUGGAGUUGAGCGAAGCAUCUACUACGAACCAGAUGAAUUCUACAUCGAUCCCAAGGAUUUAAGUGAAUCCGCCAAUGGUGGUGUGGCCGUUGUACGGGGAUACAGUGUUAAGGAACUCGAUGUUGUAAACAACACAGCCAUCCUCACUGAUGGCACGGAAAUUAAAUACGGAAAAGUUCUCAUUGCUCCUGGAUCCAUUCCCAAGACAUUGGAAGUUUUCACUUCAGCUCCCCUGGCUGUUCAAGCAAAGGUGUCCACAUUCAAGAGCAUCGAUGACUACCGACGUCUCCUUAAUGUGCUGGAAAAAGCCAAAUCCAUUGCAAUUGUUGGCGGUGGCUUCCUCGGGAGUGAGCUGUCGUGUUCCCUUGCAAAGAUGGGUACUGGGAAGAAAUUGCAAAUUAUUCAAAUUUUUCACGAGAAAGGAAAUAUGGGGCGUGUGUUGCCUGAGUACCUGAGCAAGUGGACAACGGAGCGGGUGCGUGAAGAGGGGGUCACGGUUCUUAAUGAAAAUCAAAUUGUUCGGGCAGAAUUGAGUGGAAAACAGGUGAAACUCAGCCUAAUCGAUGGGAAGAUCGUUCUUGUUGAUCACGUCAUUGUGGCAGCUGGUACAGAUCCCAAUACGCAGCUAGCUAAGAGCUCCAAUCUUGAACUACAUCCCGAAAUGGGUGGAUAUAUUGUGAAUACAGAAUUACAGGCAAGAAGCAAUGUCUACGUGGCUGGCGACGUGGCGAACUUCUACGAUCAGAGACUUGGGCGUCGUCGUGUGGAGCAUCAUGAUCACGCUGUGGUUUCCGGACGCCUUGCCGGUGAGAAUAUGGUGGGCCUGAAGAAACCCUACACGCAUCAGAGUAUGUUCUGGUCGGAUUUGGGACCUAAUUUGGGCUACGAGGCGAUUGGUUUGGUUGAUUCGGGACUCGAAACAGUGGGGGUCUUUGCAAAGGACAAGGAGAGUGCCAUGAAAGUUGUUCAGAGCUCAGAUGGGGAGCAUCCGGAGGGUGUCAAAGAGGACGACUACAGACGUGGUGUGAUUUUUUACGUUCGCGAGAAACGUAUUGUGGGUGUUUUGCUGUGGAAUCUCUUCAAUCGCAUCAAUAUUGCCAGGAAAGUAAUCAAUGAAGAUGUGGAUACGAGUGAUUGGAAUGAAGUGGCAAAGCUCUUCCACAUCUAUGGCGGAGAGGAGGAGUCCAAGGAAACAGAGUGAAGGGGCAAAAAUUGUUUAUAAACACACACAAAAGUAAAAUGAUUAAAUUUCUGCAUUUAUAGUUCA